AUGGUUGGACGGAUAGAGAAGUGGGCAAAGAAAGAAGGCAAACAGCCGUCAGGCCCAGGCUCCAGCUUGGAAUCGACCGCCAACGUCCGGCCGUUUCUUCGAGAGGUCUUCGACAAGCUUCAGAUCCGCACAUUCCUCGAUGUGCCCUGUGGAGACAUGACGUGGAUGCCUCGUGUCAACCUGACUGGCAUCGAGUACAUGGGUGGCGACAUUUCUCCAUCUCUGGUGGCAAGCAACCUGCAGUCCUUCGCAUCGGAUGCCACGUUCGCCAACAGAUUUGCCGUCUUUGACAUCACUUGCAUGGUCCCGCCCAAAGUAGACAUGAUCCAUACCCGCGAUGUCUUCAUUCACCUUGAUUCGAACUUGUCCAUGCAGGCCUUGCGUAACUUCGAGAGGAGUGGCUCCAAAUAUGUUGCGAUCCCGUAUUGGCCGUCAUUGGAUGGAUCUUCGAACGAGUACCACCCGAAAGGACAGGCAUAUGACAAUUAUCAUCGUUACAAUCUGGAGCUUCCUCCUUAUUGUUUGCCAUCACCGCUGCACUCUUCGCAGAACCUCGGAACUGACGGGCUGAAUCUGCUCGGAGUGUGGGAAUUGCCCGCCUUGGGUCGCAGCACCCGCCCCGAGUGCAGCAAGCCACAGUAA